AUGGAUGAUUUGGACAGACCGACCGUUACAAAUUUGACAAAUGAUCACUCGGAUUCUUUAUUGAACGGAAUGCAAAUAGUGACUAGCACCAUCGAACUGGUAUCAUCAACGGUUAUUCCUUUCACCCAAUUUAUUCCGCUUAUUAAAGAUGUAGGUGACAUUCUUAAUAAUGUUACGGAACUAUAUAGAACGGCUCAGCAUAAUAAGAAUAUAACAAAAAUUUUGACGGAACGUAUUGCCGCAGCAUAUUCCGCCGUGUGCAUUUUACAAACAAGAGAGGAUUUAUUUACCUCAAAGAAUUAUUCCAGUUUGCAAAGAUUGGUACAUGUACUACAAAAAAUGAAAAAAUACAUUGAAGAGAUAACACAAUAUAAUAAAGUGCAAAAAUUUUUAGGAGCAAAAAUGAUCGAGAAACAAUUUGAAGAGUUACGUAAAGAGUAUGAUAGUAGUAUUGGUCUAUUGAACUUUACUUUAACAGUUGGGUUUCAAUUUCAUGCCGAGAAGGAAGAAAAGAUCGUGAGAGAGGAUGUCAAGGAGCUUUUGAUUUUUCAAGAAGCCUUGGCGGAAAGUAUGAAUAAUUUUAAUAAGCAAGUCGAUAAAAAAAUGUCUGAAACAAAUGAUAAGAUGAACUCAGUUGUCGAAAUGGUUAGUGAGAUGUCAAUUACUAUGGAAAGUUUGAUAAACGAGAAAAGAGGUGUAAAUCAAACAAAAAUUGAUAAUAUCUUUCAAGAAGCUUUACUUCCGUUCCAUGUUUAUCAUGCGACGGAUGAAUCCAGAGAUGGGUAUCGAGAACCUUUUACUAACCCUGAUAUUCCGGAUAAAUAUCAAAAUCUCGUUCAUGAUGCUGUUGAUCCGAAUCCGGGUCUUCGACCCAUGUUCUCAAAAAUGUUGAUAGAUCUUCAGGACGUCUAUAAAAAUGGUCAUUCGAAUGGUCGUAAACCAAUUCCUGUACGUAGAAUGUCUGCUGUUGCUUUAAAAUUUUUGCGCGAUUCGCAAGAUAUUACAGAUGAAUUUUUAAGCGAAAUCAAGUCACAUAUUGAAAUGAAUGAUUCAGAAAAGGACCAUGAAGAUAAAAAUUCAUUAAUUUAUAAACAAUUUCAAGAAACUGAUAAAAUUAAUAAACAGUUUUCUUCUGAAAUUUCAUAUACAACACAUCAAGAUUAUACAAGUAAACGUUUAGAUUUUAAAAAUUUGCUAGAAAAUAAUAAUUCUGAUACUCUUGGGGAAGAAUGUUCUGAAAAUUUAAGGAUUGAUUUAAGCUAUCAACUCAACAAAACAGGUCAAGUGUCGGGCUCUCAAAUUUAA